CAUCGCUGCUCGUGUCGCCGAGUUGUGUAAACCUCCUCAAUGGCCAGUACCAGUGCAGCUAUGUAUCCACGAACGCAACGUCGGCCAUGCCACUGGUCGUGACAGUCAACGGCCUUCCGAUCCAGCAGAGUCCGUUUGCCGUUCUGGUCACGACCGGUGUCGUCACCGCCGGCGUCUCGGUCGCGCUGGCACCGCCGGGCAGCACUGGCCUCUUGUACGGUAUCGCUGGCGUUCCAACGUGGCUCCUCGUGCAAGCGCGGGACGUCUACGGCAACAACCGGACCAGCACGGACGCGAUUUUUGUCCGCUUUGUCAACGCGUCGACGUCUGUUGCCGCCGUUGGAACGUCGGUGGUGGCAAGCCUCGGGCGUGGGCUCUACAACGUCAGCUACACGCUCACGAUCGCCGGUGCCUACGCCCUCCAUGUAGCCGUGGACGCGUCGACCACCGAGAUUCAAGGCAGUCCGUUCCCGAUUCAGAUCCACCCCAACGUGGCCGACCUCCAGACAACGACGGCAACGGUCGUGACGCCGCAGCCGCUCAUCGCGGGUGCCCCCAUCGUAGCCGUGCUCGCCCCGCGCGACGCUUACGGCAACCCGACGCUACGACAGUGGUACCGCUUCGGCACUGUCGAGCUCGACUCUGCGUCAACGGUUGUGCGUCCGACAGUGCAGCCAGUCGACACAUCGACCACCCUCGUGUCGUGGACACCAACCGUUGCGGGUGUCUACGCCUUCCAUCCAUCGAUCUUCGUCCCCGGCGGUGGCAACGCCACGAUCUACGCCAACCCAGCGGGCCUCGGUACAGGGCUUCUCCUCCUCCAGCAACCGCUUCGCUUCGACGUCGGUGCGCAUGCGGCGUCGCCGUCCGACAUCAUGUCGGCGUUUAGCGUGCGCUGGGAAGGCUACCUCGAUGCACCGACGUCCGAAUUGUACACGUUUACAGUACACGUGGUCGGUGCGGUUGCCGUCUAUCUCGAUGGCGCACUGCGUCUCAACCUCACGUCGACGACGACAGCAACGUUCACACAUCCACUGACGGCCCACGAGCUCGUGUCGUGCGCGGUCGUUUUUGCUAAGACGAACGAAACAACCGCGCGCUUUGAGGUGCAGUGGGCAAGCCUCUCGACGCCGAUGGCGCCGAUCCCACCGACGGCCUUGGUGGCGCGCUGGCGCAUCAACUGCAUCACGCCGAUACUACGCGUCUACCCCGAGGCAUCGUCGCCCCCGCACUUUGUUGUUGCCUCGCCACUGCCAUCCGAGUGGAUCGCCGGUGUCGAAGUCGCUCUAGUCGUUGUCGCCAACGACAAAUUCGGCAACGCUCGGCGGCAAGGUGGCGACGGCGUCGGCGUUCAAGUGGACGGAACGACGACCACCGUGGUCGUAAUCGACCACUACAACGGGUCCUAUACGCUCCUUUUGACGGCGUGGACGACGACGGCGACGGCGACGAUGACGAUCGGUGUCAACGCAACGCCCGUCGACAGCGCACUGAGCCCUGGUGCGUACGCUCGGAGUCUUUGGAGCAUCGGCGCCGCGCCCGUGGCGUUUGCGGUGGCCGCAGCACCCCCCGUGCUGGCGCAGAGCGUCUUUUCGGGCGACGGACUUGUCGGUGGCGUUGCAGGCGAGCCUCUCACCUUCACCUUGCAGCUCAAGGAUGCCUACGACAACGACGUAUCGCCUUCCAGCUCCGCCAUCUCCGCGACGGUCACCUUGUCGCCAUUGUCCGUGGUCUGUGGAAUGACACUGGCGGCACCGGCCUACACAGUCGCCUGCCCCGUCGUCGUCGCCACGUCGUAUACGAUCGAGGUCCAUAUCGACGGCGCUGCGGCGUACUCGCCCCCCGCGUACGCUCCGGUGGUGCGACCGUCGGUCGCGGUGUCGGCGACGACGACGAUCUCAACGACGCUACACCCGGCGCUGGAGACGCGGGCGUUCAACCUCCAGCUCUACGACGCGCACGCGAACGCCAUCCAUCUCGGCGGCGACGUCCUCCGCGUGAGCUUCCGCGGUGCUGCGACCGCCGUCGCCACGAUCGUCGACCACCUCAACGGGUCGUACACGGCCUACUACCAGCUGCCGCGGGCUGGCCUCUACGAGACGCGUGUCGACUUGAUCUUGAAAGCAAGUCGAGGCCUCUACGGACACUACUAUGGCCGCGUCGCGAGUUCAACUCCGGAUGUGACGCGGCUCGAUGCGCAAUGGCACAAUGAUGACGGGUACACCAAGGUCACGUGGACCGGCUUCCUUCUCGGCGGCUUCUCCGAGCUCUACCAUUUUGGCGUCGUCGGCCUACCUCUGGACGCGUCGGUGCAACUUGUGCUCGACGAUCACGUCGUCACGACGACGGCGCCGAUUGCGCUGCGCGAGGGGUUUCCCCACGUCCUCACGCUGACUGUCGAAGGGCCUUCGACGCCAUGGUCGUUGACGCUUACGUGGGCGAGUGCGAGGACGCCUCUGAGCGCUGUACCCCUAACCCACCUCUUUGGCGACGCGAUCGAGGCCGCCCCGCGGACGCGGUUGGUCGCGGUCUAAGAAAUACAACGGAAACACACGUUGUUAUGUCGUCGUCUGUCUCUUGUUCUCUUGCCUACCUUAAUAAAACUACACCACGC